CUACAAUCACGGUACACCAUUCGCGACCAUGUUUCCCAAAACCGCUCUUCUCGCCCUCGCACUCGUUCCCUUUUCCUUAGGUCAAGUCGCCGAUGACUUUGAGGGUGGAUGGGAUGAAGCAUCAUGGCCAACUUACGCACCUGACUGCAACCAAGGUGGUAAAGUCAGCCUGGACACCUCUACUGCUCACAGCGGCAAGAACUCCGUGAGGGUUGAUGGUGCGGGUGGUUUCUGCGGACACAUCUUUUUCGGCACGACAAAGGUCCCCAGUGGCGAUAUCUACGUUAGGGCUUGGAUAAAAGCAUCGAAGGCCCUCACUGACUCCCAUGUCUCCUUCAUCACCAUGCCCGACUCCGCUCAGGGCAGCAACAAGCACCUACGCAUUGGCGGCCAGAGCAAGAUCCUAAUGUACAACCGCGAAUCCGAUGACGCCACCCUUCCUGACUUGUCCCCUCAAGGUAUCGCAGCCUCCGCCGCGCUUCCCACCGGUGACUGGCAAUGCUUCGAGUACCACGUCGGCCCCGACGGCACCAUCGAGACAUGGUUAAACGACAAGGCGAUCGAAGGUCUUACCAGCAAGGCGGGCGUCGCUAACAGCAAUGCCGCGCAGUGGCAGCGCAGCAGUGUCAAGCCGAAGCCUACUGCUAUUUACUUCGGCUGGGAGUCGUACGGAGGCGACACGAACACCUUCUGGUACGAUGAUAUUGCUGUGAGCGCGACGAAGGUUGGAUGUACCUAGAUGGAUCUGCUCCCCCUUGCCCCUUAACCUAGACAACUUGUAUAUUAGCCUAAAUAGGUGGAGGGAAAGGUACACCAAUUAUAACUCUGGAUGUCAAUCCACGGGAAA